UUCAAGUAGAGUCUUUAAGGGAGAGACUGACUGAUGAUGGCAUUUUUCAAGCUUGUAUUCGUUGUCUUAAUUGCUUACCAGACCACAGCUCUGGCGAGGGUUGUCACUGGGGAGGAAACACAAAACGCCUGGGACAAGCUGAACAAAUGGGACAGCUGCCAGGACUGUGCCCAAAUAAUUGAACUUCUUACAGCCCUUCUCUCCAAUCCAGACAUGCAGACCAAGAUCAGGAGCGAGCUGGAGAAACUGUGUGACCACAUGCCAGGUCCUGCAGCACCUAAACUGUGCCAGGAGCAGGUGGAUAAGAACCUCCCCCUGUCCUUCACCUUCUUGACCAGCUUCGUCAAUCCAGCUCAGGUGUGCUCCGUGUUGGGACUGUGUGGCUCCCAGUCAGAGGGCCAGCAGCAUGACCUGCUGACCAAUCACAUUCAAGACACUCUGAAGUCAGCCAUGUCAAUGACAAAGGUGCAGUUCUCACCACAAUGUACCCUCUGUGUUUAUCUCAUCAAGUUACUGAAGAGUAUGCUGCCAAAAAUGGCUGUGAUUGAUAUGCUGGGGAAGGUGUGUGGCAUUCUGCCCUCAUCUUACAGACAUCAGUGUGUGAACCUGAUAGAGAAGUAUGGUAAGAUGCUGAUGGACAUGCUCCUGAGCUACAUCACCCCUGAGGCCAUCUGCACCCUCAUCCAAGUCUGUCAUGGCAUGGAGACGCUUGUCAGUGAGAGUGCUCCUCUGUCUGACUGUGACUCCUGUCUGACCCUGGCGGUUUUGACCCAUCUACACCUGGGCUCCAACGCUUCAGAACCCCAGACCGCCUCCUUCCUGGGCUCCGUCUGCCAGCUCCACCCCAACGCCCUCCCUAAGUGUGACGGCUUCACCCAGCUCCAUGGCCACCAGCUGAAGGGGGUUCUGGGUAAACCAGAGUCUGCCCUUAAUGUGUGUGAGAGGGUGGGUCUGUGUGGGGGAGUGAGAGAGGCAGGAGAACAGAGAGAGGACCCAUGCAUUCUGGGCACCAGCUACAGGUGCAGAGACCUAAAGACUGCCCUGGAAUGCGGGACAGUGUCCUUCUGCCAGAAGUUUGUGUGGAAGUAAGAACCUUCACCCAGCACCUACUCACAAAGUGGAUGAAUGACGAUCCAAGAUUUAGAGCCUGCAGCCUUUGCUACAAUGAAUGACCCCAAAGCGUUCAACAUCAAAUUGUAAAUAUUUGAUAUUUACUGUGUCAAUAUCAGAUAACAUUUCCUGCAGACAUGGACAUUGAUUGCACUGAGUAUUUUGCCAAUGAUAUUUUAUAAAGCUCUUUUGUCCUUUUAUCUGCUGUACACAACAGACUCUGUAUGAACUCUACAGAGCAAGUUUUAAUUAAUUCCUAGGGCUGGGGAUUUCUCAAGAGGACACAAUGAAGAUAUUGAAACUAGACAUUCUUUAUAUUAGCAGUAAAGGUGGCCUAGAAAGGUACUGGGGAAAUGAUUAGAUUAAACAAGAGCUGAGGUGUUGACACACCAACGAUAUAAGGAACUACUGACUUGCAACGUGUAUGCUUGCGAUUUUAGCUGUAGAUGGGUCAUACAAUCCUUCUCAUUAGUUGUAUUCAUGCCCAUUCUCUUUGUUACUGAAAUGUUAAAAAUAAGGUGUGAUCAGAGCUAAACAACUAUAUCAAGUAAUUUACUCAAAUAAAAAACUGUUUCCUUUACA